AUGAGCCUCACUGCCGUCAGCACCCUCCUCCUCCUCCAAGCUAGUGGUCUGAACGUCGCUUUGCGCCCACGAGCGCAGCGUCCGCGCUCGCGUGCGCCGAUCGCGACACCUGAACCAUCGCCGCCGCCACCGACCGCGUCGCUUCAGAAGGACAAGCUUGCAGCCAAGGCGCGGGUGGCGGCUGCAAAGGACGAGCUGGCUGCUGCGGCGGAGCGGCGCGAGGCUGAAGCACAGACAGCGGAGAGGUGCGCUGCAGAGGCACGGGCGGCGGCAAGCCGAUCGGCGGCCGCCCAAAAGGUUGCGGACGAGGCGGCCGCCGCGGCGUCGGCCGCGGAGCAUGAGCUGGCUUCGGCGACGGCGGACCUCGACGCGGCGGCGGCGGCGCUGGAGGCGUGGGAGAAGGAGAAUCCGCUCUCAGCGCUCGGCUCGGUUGGCGUGGCCGUCGGCAUCGAGGUUGGCGCCGCAGUCGCAGAGACGGCGGGCAAGGCGCUGCUCUCCAGCCUGUUCGGCGAGUCAAAGUCGGAGCGCGAGGCGCGCGAGGCGCGCGAGGCGGCGGUGGCUGCGGAGGCCAAUGCCGAGGCCGAGGCGGCCGCCGCGCGCGAGCGCGCGGCGGCAGAGGCGGCGGCGGCGGCGGCUGAGGCUGCGGCCGCGGCGGCGGCAGAGGCGGCGGCGGCAGAGCGCGCGGCUGCGGAGCGGCGCGACCAGGAGCUGCGGCAGAAGCGGGAGGCGGCAGAAGAAGCAUUGCGUGUCCAGAGACCGCGCCCGCUGAGCGACGUCGCGGCGACGCAGGCGGCCGAGGCUGCCGUCAACGCCGCCGCCGCCGCCGGGCUGAUGGACGCCGAUGCGGCGGAGGAGAAGAAGCGUGAGCUGCAGCAGGCUGCCGAGGCGCGUGAGCGGCUCGGGCGCCUCCGUCUCUUCGAGUCCGACCUAGCGCUGCUGGGCUUCGAGGCUGUGAGCGAGGACGACCUGCUCGCGCUGGACGAAAAGGCGCUGCGGGCGCAGUUCCGCCUUCGGUCGCGCGAGCUGCACCCUGACGCCGCAACCGAGGAGGAGCUGGCGGGACGCCCGUCCGUCUAUGAGCUGAACGCGGCGUACACGAGCUUGCUCAAGCUGGUCAGGCGCGACAAGCGCGAGUUCUCCGACCACUCCUCCGACGACUCCUCCUCCGACCGCGACUCAUGCGGCACCGGCUCCACUAGCGAGGCGAAUGACAUAUUCGACACCCUCGAAGACCAUCUCGGCUACGGUUCCGACUCCGGCUUCGGCCGGUAG